UAACAUGUCGCUGAUCUCGCCAGUCUGCGUGUGACAGUGACGGAAAGAGGAAGUGCGUCAGAGCGCUUGCUGGUGUUGGAUUGUAAUCGUGUUAAGACUGUAAUGGAAUAAACGUGCCAAGAUGUCAGAUAGGUUUCAUAGGGCCGCACGUGAUGGCUACCUCGAAGUCCUCCGGGAAGCCACCAGGAGGGACUGCAACGCCCCCGACGAGGAUGGCCUCACGCCCACCCUCUGGGCGGCCUACGAGGGCAACCUGGACGCCUUGAGACAGCUGGUGGGCCGAGGCGGCGACCCUGACAAAUGCGACCACUACGGCAACACGGCCUUGCACUGCGCGGCGGCUCGAGGGCACAUGACCUGCGUCUCGUUCCUCGUCAACUUCGGCGUGAACAUUUGGGCUCUGGACAACGAAUUCCACACGGCCAAGGAGCUCGCCGCCAUGAACAACAAGGACGACAUCUUGCGUUAUCUGGACACGGUCGCCGGGAAGCAGAGGCAGGCUGAUGCGAAGCAAGUAAAGAAGCUUCAGGACAAGGCCCAGAAGGACGCGGAGAAAAGACGGAAGGAGUUCCACAAGAUCCAGCUGAGGGCGGACAAGAAGAGGGAGGCCGAGAACGCGAGGCUGGAGAAGGAGCGGGAGAGGAUCGAGAAGCAGGAGGUCAAGCCGCAAGGUGAGGCUAGGGACACGCGGGAGGCGCUGCCGGCGCGGCGGGGGAUUCGCGUUCUUUCCCUUGGCUGGAGUGUGCACUCUAUAUAUGCAUACAUACAUACAUGCAUACAUCUACACAUGCACGCACACACACACACACGCACACGCACACGCACAGUCCGGGAGACGGAGGGCGACGGCAAGCGGUCGGUGCGCAGCCUCUCCGGCUUCCGCCGCGACUCCGAGAUCCUCUUCGUCCCCAACGGAAGCCUCAGCAGCGCCAACAGCGGCAAGCGCGGCAAGAUCAGCGACGUGUUCGAGACGGAGAGCGAGCAGGAGGGCGGCCGGCUGCCCCGCGCCGCCAGCCAGCCGGACUUCUACGAGAUCUCGGAGCCCAGCAUGCAGCAUCGCGGCUCCCUCUUCGCGCGCCCCGGCUUCGGCUCCGUCGCCUUCAGGAACUCCAUCACGGCCACCCUGAGCAGCCUGGCCACGAGCGGCAGCGGCAGCGACUCGGCGCGCGCAUCGUCUGCGGGGUCGCUGGCGCAGAGGGACGGCGCCGAGCCCUGGGAGGAGGAGGACCUACCUUCGGACGACGAGAGCGAGGCGACGCCCGUGUACCUGUUCCUUGCCGCCGCCGGCCUCACCGACUUCAUCCCGACCUUCGCCAAGGAGCACAUCGACCUCGACGCCCUCAUGCUGCUCACCGAGGAGGACCUCAUUAGCAUGAAGCUCCCCAUCGGCCCGAGGAGGAAGCUCUUGAAGGCCAUAAAGGAAAGGAAUGAAGCCCUAGAAGAUCCCGGGGAAGUGCAGGACAGUCAGCUCUGAAGACCGAGCGGGGCAUCUUGAUGACCCCGCGCUGGGUGCAUAGUGCCCUACGGUCUUUAGCUUUAAAAAAACUGAACGCAGUGAUGUUUAUCAUACAGACUAAACCUUAGGACCUUCAACAUCGAAUUAGCAUUUUUUUAUUCUUUACUAAAAUUGCAGUGUUGUACUUAAAGUGAUGAUUAGGAAAUACCAGUGAUUUAAUAUAAGGUUAAUUGGAGAGUAAUCAGGCCAAUUGAGAUUAUGAUAUCCGCAUCAUUUUACAGUUGCGUUUAUCUGCAACAAUGAUAGGUAAAUUUUUUACUUAUCUUGUGUUGAAGGUUUGUCAUUGGAAAACGAGCGUAAAGGUGUAGUAUAUCACAUGAUACUAUUUUCGUAACUUUACAGCUCUUAAAAAAAAAAAAAAAAAAAAAAAAAA